UCCUCUUUCUGUGUUUUCUCCUUAUGUAACACAACAAUCCAGUCUGGAGUUUGGGUUCCUGUCCAUUUAGACCCAACGCUUGUCUCGUCUGGUCCAGAAAAGAGAAGUGAAUAUCUGCUCCAGGUUGUUUUUCAUGAAACUGGACACUUGUGGGAGUGUGUUCCUCCGUUUGGACCUGAAGGCUGUGCUGUAAAUAGUAGAAAGAUCAUUUCUCUCAUGGGGAGUUUCCAAGGACUGUCUCUGCUCCUUCUGGGGGCACUGGUCUCCACCCUGUUGCCCCCUGGUGUCCAGAGUGGGAAGAUCCUGGUGUUCCCUGUGGACGGCAGCCACUGGGUCAACAUGAACCUGCUGGUCCAGAGCCUCCACGCUCGGGGCCAUGAGAUGACAGUGGUCCGCACUGCCACCAGCUGGUACGUUAAAGAAAGUGCAGCGCACUACCGCUCCAUCACCGUCACCCUGCCUCAGGCCAUAGACAUCGAGGAGGAGGACUUCUUCGUCAACUUCUUGAAGAAGAUGCUGGAGAUCAAGAAGCAAGGCUCGUCUGUGAUCACGUUUGGGAAGUUUUACUGGGAGAUGAUGACUGGACUGUACAACAUCCACCAGAAGGCCAGCAUGUUGGCCGUGGAGAUGUUUAACAACCAGACCUUAAUGAAGGAGCUGCGUGAUGCUCAGUAUGACCUGGUUCUUAUUGACCCAGGGUUGCCUGUAGGGGUCCUGAUAGCCCAUGAACUAAAACUACCAACAGUCUAUAAUGUGAGAUGGAUCACCAGUGGAGAAGGACACUUUGUGGUUGCUCCCUCACCCUGGUCCUACGUUCCAACCUCAGGAUAUGCUGUACCAGAUAAAAUGACGUUCAGGCAAAGAGCCAUGAAUAUAUUUUACUAUAUUCUGAACACCUGUGUUGACGAGUUUGUAGUUUGUCCUCCCUACAACCGACUGGUGGACCGGUACUUUGGACCAGAUGUAAACUUCUACCACCUCCUACAGGGAGCAGACAUCUGGCUGAUGAGGGUGGACUUUGACUUUGAAUUCCCCAGACCCACCAUGCCCAACAUCAUCUACAUUGGUGGCUUUCAGUGUAAACCUUCUAAACCUCUGCCACCUGACCUGGAGGAGUUUGUCCAAAGUUCUGGAGAACAUGGAUUCAUCCUGAUGUCUCUUGGUACUCUGGUGAGAGGUCUACCUGUGGAGAUCACCUCUGAAAUCGCUGCUGCUUUCGCCCAGAUUCCUCAGAAGGUCAUAUGGAAGCACGUUGGUGAGCGUCCCAAAAAUCUGGCCAACAACACUCUGCUGGUGGACUGGAUGCCUCAGAACGACCUUCUGGGUCACCCCAAAAUCAAGGCCUUUGUGGCUCAUGGUGGAACUAACGGGAUCUACGAGGCCAUCUACCACGGUGUUCCAGUGUUAGGUCUCCCUCUGCUGUUUGACCAGUUUGAAAAUGUCCUGAGGUUGGAAACACGAGGAGCUGCUAAGGUGGUGGAUGCGGCUAGAAUCAGUAGUCAGAACUUUCUGGAGGCAGUAAAAGAAGUUCUUGAGAAUCCCUCCUACAGGACCAACAUGAAGCAGCUGUCUGACCUCCAUCUGGACAAACCCAUGCAUCCUCUGGACACUGCCAUCUUCUGGACAGAGUUUGUCAUGAGACACAAAGGGGCUUCACAUCUACGCACCCAGUCCUACAAGAUGCCCUGGUUCUCCUACUACUCUGUGGACGUGCUGUGUUUUGUGUUAGCAGUCCUGCUGCUGCUGGUGGGGACUGUGGUGGGAUCCCUAAGAUUCCUGUGCCUUCGACUCUGCAGGAGGAGCAAAACAAAGCAGGAGUAGACGCAAAUACUUGACAGGCUGAAAAGUUAGACGAAGAACUAAAAGUCCUAACCUCAGUGAUUUUGAACAAACAUCUGUAAAUGUUUGGUGACCUACCCAAAAUGUUACUCAGGAGUUUUGACCGGAGAAGUUCUCGACUGUAAAUGAACAUUAGCAGAGUUUGUUCUAUUAACCAAUCAAAGGUUCAAGUUCUCAGUAGCUGCUUGUUCCUACCUCCUCCACCAUCACUUCUGGUCCCUCCUCCCUGCAGAAACUUAUAGCAUAACUGGUAACAAUAUCAGUACCUUCACAUGAGCAGAAACUGAACAAAAGUGUAUGGACUGAUGUGACCAUAAAAUAGUUCCAGCUGGAGUAGUACUAUCAGAAUAUACAGGAACUUUACACACCAAAGGUUAAACAGUCAUUAUGGUACUAUUUACCAUAGUGGAACAACAAGAACCACCACAGAAAACAUCAGUGUUAGAAAGAGGACUUGGUACUAAUGUGAAGUCACCCCAGUAACUCCCUCAGUGCUGGAACAUGCUAACAAAGGCUAAUAUGAUACAGACUGGUUCCAACAUGGAAUAUGGAAACAAGUGAGAGGAAGAAAAAGUCAAUGUAGAGGCUAACAUUGUGUAGCGUUCAUAGGUUUUUAAUAAUAAAAAAAAAAAAAAAAAUUGAAUUUAUAUUUAGUUAAUUUUAAUUAUAUUAUUUCAAAGAGGAAUUGUUUUUGUGUCUUUAUCAAUAAAGAUUUAAACAAAUACCAAAUAAUGAAAACAUUAAAAGACAAAUUAAACAAAUAUCUUCAUCGUGUCCACAGCUAGAUUUGUUUUUCACAGAUCCAUCAGUACGGGUUCUGACAGGAACCGUCCAUCCAGCAUUUAAAUACUGUUUCACUAACGUCCAUGUGUCCACAGUCCUCCUUCUGGUUCCAGUUGUCAGGUUCGGCACCGAUUCCGUGUCUGCUCGGCCAAAAUCUGCAGAAGGCCGGGUGGACAGCUAAGGUUCAGACAUGACUUCAAUAAAACCUAUUUGGAUCAAA